AUGAAUACGCUGGCCAACCACGGCUACCUGCCACACGACGGCAGAAAUGUCACCGAGCAGGUGGUGGUCAAUGCUAUGGAGUCGGCGCUGAACUUUGAGGAGCCUCUCGGCUGGUUGAUGUUCCGGAUGGCUGUCUUCGCUGACCCGGAGCCCAAUGCCACGUUCUUCACCCUCGACCAUCUGAACGUCCACAAUGUUCUGGAGCACGACGCCAGUCUCAGCCGUACGGACGCGGCGUUUGGAUACAACCACAUCUUCAACCAGACCAUCUUCAACCAGACCCGAGUCUACUGGACUGGCGAGAUCCUUGACGCGGACAUGCUCGCCAACAGCAAGGUUGCCCGCCAGCUGCACUCCAAGGCCUUCAACCCCGACCACACCUUCACGCCCACGAUAGAAAACUUCAGCCUCGGGGAGGUCUCCGCGCCCAUCGUCGCUUUUGGCGACUUCCCGUCCGUCACUGUCAACCGGACCCUGGUCGAGUAUUUCCUCCGUAAUAUACGGGACUCGCCCGUAACCUUACUAGACAUCUUCACGCUAAUGCAGGCUAUCCACAACGCGUCCAGCCUCCUCACCGGAACCGAGUCGGCUGCUCCGUCUCGGCGCCAAAACCUUCACGCCGGUAUCUUCGCGUGA